GAUUCUCGGAUUCGGGUCGGGCUGGUGCGCACCGGACAGUCUGAAGCGGAGGGUUUUACGUUUUUAAACUCCAGAACAGAGGUUUGCGAUAGUAGUCUAUCAGAUUAAGAGUCAUGGCGCUUUUCGACGUGAGUGGCUUCAAGUCGUACGCUCAGCUUCGUGCGCAAAUCUUUCCAACCGGACACGCGCAGCUCGUCGACCGGACCAGCCACUUCAACUUCGGAACCAAGACCCAGGAGUUUGCGGUCCCUGUUGGCGCAGAUCCCUCAGGUUUCCUCAAGUCCUGUAAGGAGGAUGGAGGGGUCAGCAUCGACAUGAACCACGGAACCACCACGCUGGCCUUCAAGUUCAGACACGGCGUGAUCGUGGCGGUGGACUCCAGAGCCUCAGCAGGAAGAUACUUGGCUAGCAAUGAUGUCAACAAAGUGAUCGAGAUCAACCCCUACCUGCUGGGCACCAUGUCGGGCAGUGCGGCCGACUGCCAGUACUGGGAGCGCCUGCUGGCCAAAGAGUGCAGACUCUACAGGUUGAGGAACAAACAACGGAUCUCUGUGGCUGCUGCAUCCAAGCUGCUGUGCAACAUGAUGCUGGGCUACAGAGGGAUGGGCCUCUCUGUGGGGAGCAUGAUCUGCGGGUGGGACAAGCAGGGUCCCGGCCUUUACUACGUGGAUGAAAACGGCACCCGUCUCUCGGGUCGCAUGUUCUCCACCGGCUGUGGGAACAGCUACGCCUACGGCGUGGUGGACAGCGGCUACAGGGAGGACAUGAGCGUGGAGGAGGCGUACGAGCUGGGCCGCAGAGGGAUCGCCCACGCCACGCACCGAGACGCCUACUCCGGAGGAUCGGUCAACAUGUACCACAUGAGGGAGGACGGCUGGAUUAAGGUGAGCAAGGACGACGUGUCCGACCUGAUCCACGGCUACAGGAAGGGAAUGUUCUCCUAACUCCAGACAGACCCACGUCACCGUGGUCCAUGUGUUCGUCGGCAAACUAGACACAAGACGCUUUGUUAAACGACAUGUGAGACGAUGCAGUGCUUGUUAAUCCAGCGAAUAAAUCAUUUA